AUGAGAAAUUGUGAUGAAUCAGAUAUUAUUCGUAAAGAUAAUUCAGAAAAAAAAUACAAAGAAGAAUCAAGAAGAAGAGUUGAUGAUAAAUCAGAUAUGAUAAUGAAUCAAAUAUUAGUUGAAGAAGGAAAUAAAACUGACCCAAAUCAUCCAAAUAAUGAAAGAUUAAUUAUCAUUAAGAAUAUGAGUUGGCGUUCUUCAACAACUCAUAAAUUUUUACAAGAUUAUAUUAAUAGGGCAUUUAAUGAAACAUCCAAAUUCACUCGUCAAAGAAAUUGUAUUUAUGAUAAUGAACAUUAUAUCAUUGAUAAUGCUCUGUUUAGGGUUUCUGAUUAG